GAAUUUCCGAGGUUCAUUUCGGAAAUGGAACAUUUAACAGGUUCAACAAUAUUCGAAUGUCAUACCCACUCGACCUUCUUGAAAUGAUCGAUCCUUAUUUCGGCAAAACUUGUCCAACUUUCGUCCAUCGUCAGUGUAUCGUGUCAGUGGGAAUUGGUCUGUGAAAGCAUUUCCUUUUAUCAACUACGUUAAUCUCCUAGGCAAAUUUUGAGCUUGUUUAAAGUUCAGUGGAUUAACAUAGGUGUACAAAGAUAUUGAUAAAAUGGCGAGGUUGGAGUGCUACGAACCUCCCCCGCCUACUGCUCCACCGGAAAGUGGCGGAAUCAGCGAACUGCUCUUACGAUACAACGAACUGGAAGGAGUUGGAGUUCGUAAAAAUUGGAAAGAGUUAGCGGAUGAUGUACGGGAUGUUGCGAAAACCCAUUCCUACGCCCGGAUCAUACAAGAAGCUCGGUAUGCGAAAGCUUACGAAGUUGCUGUGGCUGCAGCAAUCCGACAACGUGACGGAGAAGUCUCUCCUGAGAUUUACGAGGAGAUGCAACAAGGGAUUGCCUUGGAGAAAACUGUCGCUUUGGCCACUGGUCCUGGUCAAGUGGCCACCGGACCCGGACUGGUGACGCAUGUCGACUACAUGCUCGAUAAGCCGAAGCUCAUUUCUUCUUACGAGCGAUGGGUGCUGAACAAGAAGGCUGUGUUCGCUUUUCGAAAUAAGAUUCCUCGUAUGAUGGACCCAGUGGAAGAGGCAAUGAUCCAGGACGCUGCUGCUGGUGGACUUGUAACAAAGGAAGAAGCUGCAGGUCUAUGGACAGAGUCAGCCGAAAAACGAAACCGACUCAUUCUUCAACGAAACAAACUUUGUGAAGCUUACAACAGCAUGGCUGACGAGUGCCAAAUCGCGAUAACGGAACUUAGCGGUGAUCGGUCCCAAUUCCAAGACAGGCAAUUGCACAUCCUCACCAAGGUUUUUUCCCAGAAGGAAGUAUCACCUGUACGGAGGUCUUUGUAUACGGCAAUUGCUGAACUCCACGAGAAAAUAAACGACGAACAAUUUGAGAUAUUCAAGUGCGAGACAAUGAUGCAGGAAAUCAAUUCGAUUGUGGUCGCUGGAAUCGCGGAGUCUGACGUGAUCAAUAAAGCGAAAAAAAUGCUGGUUGACGGCGGAUUGUCAACCUCUUUCAUGAGGUAUUGCAAAGGCCUCGCGAGCCAAAAGUCCGACAUGUACAAUGAGUACAAAGAACGGAUUAUGGCAUUGGCCGAAAUCACCGACCAAGUAGUUGCACCAAUCAUAGAAGUUUGGCAUAAAUCCCAGAGGGUGAUUAAGCCAGCUGUGGUUUUGACAAAGCAGGCAGUUGGGGAAUUGUCUCCUGGUUGCCCGCUGUAUCCAAUCAUUCGAGAGCAACUCAAGAAGGCCAACGUGGAAUACAAAAAUGAACCGAAUUCAGUUGAAUAUUUGGCACGCGACGAAAAUCCUUUCAUGGUCAUGUCGGAAAUGGACAGUGCUUUCGCUUUUAUGGAACAAAUGGGCGGGUAUUUGAUCAGUGAGGCCAAUCUUUUGACCGCGAACCUGGAGAUCAGCGAAAUAAUUCGCUCAUGGAAAAAUUGCCGCCACACAACGGCAGAGGAUCUUUGUUAACAAGUGUCGUCGACCUGAUGGUUUUCUAUGUCAACGUAUUGUUUAUUCUUAUUCAUUAUUGUCCCCGGACUGAAAUUCGACCUGAAAUAAUUAACACAACGCAUCAAACGAAAUCCUGAUUUGAACAAGCGAUUCUCCUUUAUUUUAUCAACAUUGAACGUACAAUGGCAGAAUGGGUCUUCGCGAUAUCCCCCCGAAAAAGUCAACGAUGUCUGUACUGUACUCUCCUUCGUAUAGCCACAGUAUAGUAGCUGGUGCAAUCA